AUAAAUGAAUAUUAAUCAAAUUCAAUUGUCAUUGUGUUUCGAAUAAAGGUCAAAGGCGAAAGCAGUGUUACAUUCUAACCGCCAUGGAUCCUCCUCACCAACAGAGAUCCGAAACCACACCGACAUCGCCAUCGCCACCCCCACCGUCUCCUCCAGCUCAAAGAGGCGAUUCUUUUCCAAUCAUCAUGAUUGUCUUUACUUUUGUAGUUAUUGGCUCCUUGGCAAUGAAUCCAUCAUCUUCGAAUAUUAAAAAUACCUUUUCCAUUUUGCAUCAAGUCCCAGAAGGUCAUGUUGGGGUGUAUUGGAGGGGUGGUGCUCUUCUAAAGACGAUAACAGAGCCAGGUUUCCAUUUGAAGAUGCCUCUGAUAACCCAUUAUGAGCCCGUUCUAGUUACUCUGCAAACAGAUCAGGUGAGGGAUAUUCCAUGUGGUACGAAAGGGGGAGUGAUGAUCAACUUUGAAAAGAUAGAGGUUGUCAAUCGGCUUAAAAAAGAUUAUGUGUAUGAAACGCUGUUCAACUAUGGUGUGCAUUAUGACAACACAUGGAUAUAUGACAAGAUCCAUCAUGAGAUCAAUCAGUUUUGCAGCUGUCAUACUCUUCAACAAGUUUAUAUAGAUGUGUUUGAUCAGAUUGAUGAAAAGAUGAAGGAUGCUCUACAGGGUGAUUGCACACGCUAUGCUCCAGGAAUUGAAAUUCUUAGUGUACGUGUUACAAAGCCCACUAUACCUGACAGCAUUAGAAGAAAUUAUGAACAAAUGGAAGAGGAACGCACCAAGGUUUUAAUAUCUAUUGAGAGACAAAAGGUAGUUGAGAAAGAGGUAGAGACACAGAAAAAGAUGGCUAUUAGUGAAGCUGAGAAGGCUGCCACUGUUAGCAAGAUCCUGAUGGAACAGAAGCUGAUGGAGAAGGAGAGUGCCAGGAGGCAGCAGGAAAUUGAGAACCAAAUGUACAUAGCUCGUGAAAAGAGUCUAGCAGAUGCUGGUUUUUAUCGUGUAAUGAAAGAAGCUGAGGCAAACAAAUUGAAGCUGACUCCUGAAUUUCUUGAACUCAAGUUUAUUGAGGCCAUUGCUGAUAACACAAAAAUUUUCUUUGGGGACAAGGUGCCCAAUAUGGUUUUCGAUCAAAGGCUGCUUGGUAACUUCCUUCAUAAUGUGUCAAGACAGGUGCCUGGUGUGAGGCAAAUUAAGUCAGAUGCUUAAGUUCCAAUAAUUUCCAUAAAGUGAAAUGAUCAGCACAACUUAUAUACAACAUAGAAAGAAAGUCACUUGAAUGGAUUUUCUCAAGCUACAUUUUUGGCUAAUCAUCCUUUUUUCUGGAUGGUAUAUAAGUGAGUCUUUUUUUUUUUUUUUUUUUCCAUUUUUUUUGGAUGAAAUAUUGGAGAGAGACUCGAUAUAUUGCUUUUUGUUACCAGAAAAUAAAGGCAGAAUAAUUUUUUUUUUUUUUACAUUUGUUCAUGAUUGUUUAAUUUGUAAAAUGUGUUGGUUUUCUUCCUCUUUGUUUCUGUUGUCAAUAUGCUUAUUGGUUUUUAUUCAAGUUCUUAUACAUGUGAUUGCAAGUUAAUAGUAGGCAAAAACAAUUCUAUUU